CUAAGGAGCAGCGCUCCACAUCCACGAUUUGCUGAUGCUGGACCCUGAUGACAUGUUGAAGCUGACUUACGAAGAUCAUUUAUACAUUUGUCUGACGGAAGACCAUUUGCAAUUUAAUUUUUCUGAUAAAAUGCCAAAGCGAAAUUGCUCUGCCCCAUGGCAUUCAGUGAAAGAUCUUAGAAAAAAAUAUGGGAAUGUUACUCAAUUUGAUAAAAUGCUAAAAGACGUCUAAUUUAGGUCAUGAGGAUGAUUUUUCAGAUGAAAAAAAAAGUGUGGAAAGAAUUUGAACUUUAUGUCGAUGCUAUCUCGUCUCUGGUUGAGUACCGACCUGUGCACGAAAAAAUGAUUUAUAAAUCGUUGCAGAAUAUAUAUGAUGAAAAUGUUUUCUAUGUCGAGAUUAGGACAGGACUGACCUCUUUAUACGAGCUGAAUGGGACAGUGCACGGCGAUCUUUAUAUGGCAUCACUGUACCAUCAGGUGGCAAGGAAAUUUAUGGAUGCAAACCCUACUGCAGAACAAGUUCAAGGAGAUCUGAAUCUAGCUCGACUAGUAAAACGAAUUCUGCCUGAGGUGUUCGCUGGCUUUGAUCUCGUUGGACAAGAAGACAUAGGGAAACCUCUAAAGCAAUAUUUACCAGAACUAUUAGGAGCAAAAGGUGAAGUAGUCUAUUUUUUUCACGCAGGCGAAGCCAACCAGUUCGGGACUCCAGUGGAUGACAAAUUGUUUGAUGCUAUAUUGCUGGGAAUGAAACGCAUAGGCCAUGGAUAUGCAUUGUUCAAGCAUCUAGAAUUAAUCAAGCAUCCAGAACUAAUCAAGCUUGUCUGGGAAAAGGACAUAGCUAUAGAAGUGAAUGUGAUAUCAAACUCUGUGUUAUCAUUGGUUAAAGAUUUGCGGAACCAUCCACUGGCGUUGUAUUUGGCGCUGGGUUUGCCCGUGGUACUGUUGAGCGACGACCCCGGCGUGUGGGGCGCGAAGCCUUUGACAGACGACUUUUGUGUUGCCUUCAUGGCCAUCGCCAGUAAGAAGGCAGAUCUGAGAAUGCUGAAGCAGCUGGCGAUGAAUUCUAUAAAGUAUAGUGCGUUAAACAAUGGGAGAAAGGCGAAGUUGUUCAGGAAUUUCGAGAAAGAAUGGAUAGAAUUUAUAAACUACAUUAUUGAAGAUAAAAGUAUGAAAAAAUAAAAAUAUAUAAAUAU